UGCGCCAAUCAGUGUGCCCCCUUACAUUAGGUGUCACCAUCAGAGUGCAACUUUACAUCAUGUAUUCCCAUCACAUCAGGUGUGCCCAUCAGAGUGCUCCUUUACAUCAGGUAUCCCCAUCACAGUGCUCUUUUACAUCAGUUGUCCCUAACAGAGUGCCCCUUUACACCAGGUAUCCCCAUCAUAUUUCCCCAUCAGAGUGCCCCUUUACAUCAUAUUUCCUCAUCAUUGUGCCCCUUUCCAUCACAUGUGCCCAGCAGAGUGCCCCUUUCCACAGUAUGUGCCCAUUUGAGCCCCCUUAACAUAAAAUGUGCCCCUCCGAGUGCC